AUGGCGUCGGAGAACGAGGCCGGACUCGCCGGAGAAGCGGCGGCGCCCCUCAGCGGGGGCGGCGCUGCGGAGCCCCUCGGGGGGAUGACGGCGGUGCGGCGCCUCAGCGAUCUGCGGGUGAUCGACCUGAGGGCAGAGCUGAAGCGCCGCAGCCUGGACAGCGGCGGGAACAAGAGCGUCCUCCUCGAGCGGCUUCGGAAGGCUGUUGAGGAGGAAGGGGGAGAUCCCGAUGAGAUUCCAGUGGUGUCUGAAACGACCAACAAGAAGACUCCCAAAAGAAAUAGCAAAGGACGUAAGCUGGAAGAAGAGGGCACUGAGGACAACGGCCUUGAGGAAGAUUUUGGAGAUGGGCAGGAGGAUGUUGAAGCAAGUUUGGAUAACUUGCAGGAGGUUGACAUGAUGGAAAUUAGUGUGUUAGAUGAAGCUGAAAUAGAUAACAGCAGUGCUGUAGAUGGUCAAGCAGCUGGCAGUGCCGAUAGCGGGCUUGACUCCCUCCCUGGCAGUAAAGGAAAUGCUGGGGAAGGAAGUCCUGCAGGUGACCUGGAGGCCCCUCCGCAGUUGCCAGGCAUUAAAGAAGACCCGAGAGAAAUACCAGUAGCCUUGGUGGAAGGUGAAGGCCCCGGAAGUGCUGUGGGGCCGUCAGCCUCAGAUUUCGCCAGUGCCAAGGACCUGGAAGAGUUUCCGCUGGAAUCAGAAAAUGAGAAAAUGCUCGACAUUUUGGGUGACACUUGUAAAUCUGAGCCCCUUAAAGAAGACACUUCCGAAGCGGAACAGGCACAGGAAGCGAAAAGCCCGCCGGCGGGCCAAAAGGCAGCCAAGGAAGAAGGGGAAGACACGCUUGCCGCCGCCGCUCUGUUGGAAGAGGACCUUUUAGAUACGGAGAGCCCCUCCGCCCACGCUGCGGGCAGGAAGCAGGAGGAGGCGGAGGCAAAGCUCUUAGUGGUAGCGGCAGGGGAGACGAGCGAGCAGGGAGACGAGGAAGCCCGGCCGGACUUGGACUGUGUAGCGGUAGAGAGCAGGAGUGGUGGUGGUGGAGGAGGAGGAGAUGAUGAGAGUAGCAAAGCAGCAGCCCAAAGUCUGGAAGCCGGUAGUGAGGCCAGUGCGGCCAGCCAAGGGGCCGCGAAGACGGAAGAGGAGCCUCAGGGUGAGGAAGACCCCUCCUCUGCCACUAGAGAGGCCUCUGCCCCAGAGGGGGGUGAUCAGAACAUGAGUUCGAAUGAGGUUCCAGAGGCUAAAAGUACUUCGAAGGAUGAGAAGGCCCGCACCGCCAGUAGUUCUGGCAGAAACCUGUGGGUUAGCGGGCUUUCCUCUUCGACCAGAGCUACGGAUUUGAAGAACCUGUUCAGCAAAUAUGGGAAGGUGGUGGGUGCAAAGGUGGUGACCAACGCCCGCAGCCCUGGGGCCCGCUGCUACGGCUUUGUCACCAUGUCUUCGUCCGAGGAGGCGACCAAGUGCAUCAGCCACCUCCACCGGACCGAGCUGCAUGGGAAAAUGAUCUCUGUGGAAAAAGCCAAAAAUGAACCUGCCGGGAAAAAAACCUCCUUGGACAAGAAAGAAAAUGAAGCGAAGAAAGAAAAGGAGAGACACCAUCCUGUCGACGCCAAAUCAGAAAAGCCUCCUGAGGUUAAAAAGGAAGAGAAAGCAGAGAAAAAGGAUGAUUUGAAUAAAUCGGAAGAGAAAGACGGCGGAGAAGAAAAAGGGACAACGGAGAACAAGGCGGACUCCACAGAUCGUGCGCGAUCUGUUAAAUCAGCCAGUCGAGGAAUUGAGCGGACAGUGGUUAUGGAUAAGUCCAAAGGAGAGCCGGUUAUUAGCGUGAAAACCACGACCACAUCCAAAGAGCGAAGCACGAAGAGCCCGGACCGCAAGUCGGAGAGCAAAGAGAAGCAAGACAUCCUGUCCUUUGAUAAAAUCAAAGAGCAGAGAGAACGGGAGCGGCAGAGGCAGCGGGAGCGAGAGAUCAGAGAGACGGAACGCCGUAGCAGGGAGCGCGAGCGACGGGAGCGGGAGCAGCGCAUCCAGGCCUUGCAGGAGCGGGACGAGAGGCAGCGGCUCCAACGAGAACGGGAGCGGCUGGAGUUCCAGAAGCAGCGCCUGGAGCGGGAGCGGCUGGAGCGGGAGCGGCUGGAGCGGGAGCGCAUGCACAUCGAGCAGCAGCGGCGGCGGGAACAGGAGCGCAUCCAGCGUGAGAGGGAGGAGCUGCGGCGGCAGCAGGAGCAGCUGCGCUACGAGCAGGAGAGGCGCACGGCCCUGCGGCGGCCCUACGACCCCGACGAGAGGGAUGAUGACUCGUACUGGUCCCAGACGAAGCGGAUAGCUCUGGAAGACCGAUACCACUCUGACUUCAGCAGGCAAGAUCGUUUCCACGGGUUUGACCACAGAGACCGUGGCCGAUACCGAGAUCAUCUGGCGGACAGGAGAGAAGGUUCAAGAGGACUUCCAGAUCGAGAUGGGCAGCACUACACCGACGACCGGCCUGAACGUUCCUCGCGGGACAGCUGGGGCGGCUACAGGCGUGGCGGGUUUGUGGAAGGUGGAGCCCAGAAUGCAGCGGUGCCAGGGGCCGGCAUACAAGGAGGCUUCACGAGCGAGGACAGACUGAACCGACCCAGCGAGACCCGUUUACCCCGGCGCUAUUGA